GCGGCGCGCGCAGGGCCUGACGGGAGCCACGUCUGUCCCGGUCGGGGACUGAGCCGCUAUUGGCGUCCGCGCCGCGAUCCGGGGGCUGCUGGGAAGAUGGCGGACUCGGUGGCCCGCCGAUGAGGAAGCCGCGGAGGGAGCCCGGCUCCCGGGCCCCGAGACCGACUGAGGGAGCGACCUGCGCGGGGCCUGAGGAGUCAUGGUCUCCAACACCAAACUCCAUGCUUCGAGUCCUGCUCUCUGCCCAGGCCUCUGCUGCUCGGCUCUCUGGCCUGCUGCUGCUCCCGCCAGUACAGCCCUGUUGUCUGGGGCCCGGCAAGUGGGGGGACUGGCCUCCUGGAGGAGGCCUCCAUGCAGGCCCCGUGCAGGGGCUACAGCGGCUUCUGGAACAGGCGAGGAGCCCGGGGGAGCUGCUGCGCUGGCUGGGCCAGAACCCCACCAAGGUGCGCGCCCAUCACUACCCCGUGGCACUUCGUCGUCUGGGCCAGCUCUUGGGGUCUCAGCCACGGCCCCCUCCUGUGGAGCAGGCCACACUACAGGACUUGAGUCAGCUCAUCAUCCGAAACUGCCCCUCCUUUGAUAUUCACACCAUCCACGUGUGUCUGCACCUUGCAGUCUUACUUGGCUUCCCAUCAGAUGGGCCCUUGAUGUGUGCCCUGGAGCAGGAGAGAAGGUUCCGCCUCCCUCCGAAGCCACCUCCCUCUCUGCAACCUGUCCUUCGCGGUGGGCAAAGAUUGGAAGCUGCUCUGAGCUGCCCUCGUUUCCUGAGGCAUCCACGGCAGCAUCUCAUCCGCAGCCUGGCAGAGGCCAGGCCGGAGGAACUGACACCCCACGUGAUGGUGCUCCUGGCCCAGCACCUGGCCCGGCACCGGUUGCGGGAGCCCCAGCUUCUGGAAGCCAUUGCCCAUUUCCUGGUGGUCCAGGAAAUGCAGCUCAGCAGCAAGGUGGUACAGAAGUUGGUCCUGCCCUUUGGGCGGCUGAACUACUUGCCCCUGGAACAGCAGUUUAUGCCCUGCCUUGAGAGGAUCCUGGCUCGGGAAGCAGGGGUGGCUCCCCUGGCUACUGUCAACAUCUUGAUGUCACUGUGCCAGCUGCGGUGCCUGCCCUUCAGGGCCCUGCACUUUGUCUUUUCCCCAGGAUUCAUCAACCACAUCGGUGGCACCCCUCACGCCCUGAUUGUGCGGCGCUACCUCUCCCUGCUGGACGCAGCCGUGGAGCUGGAACUUCCAGGAUACCGGGGUCCCCGCCUUCCCCGAAGGCAGCAAGUGCCCAUCUUCCCCCAGCCACUCAUCACUGACCGUGCCCGCUGCAAGUACAGUCACAAGGAUAUAGUGGCGGAGGGGCUGCGCCAGCUGCUGGGGGAAGAGAAGUACCGGCAGGACCUGACCGUGCCUCCAGGCUACUGCACAGACUUCCUGUUGUGUGUCAGCAGCUCUGGUGCCGUGCUGCCCGUGAGGACCCAGGACCCCUUCCUACCAUACCCUCCCAGGUCCUGUCCCCAGGGCCAGGCUGCCUCUCAGCCCACGACCCACGACCCGGCCCAAAGGGUGGUGCUGAUGCUGCGGGAGCGCUGGCAUUUCUGCCGCGACGGCCGAGUGCUGCUGGGCUCGCGGGCCCUACGGGAGCGGCACCUGGGCCUGAUGGGCUACCAGCUCCUGCCGCUGCCCUUCGAGGAACUGGAGUCACAGAGAGGCCUGCCCCAGCUCAAGAGCUACCUGAGGCAGAAGCUCCAGGCUUUGGGCCUCCGCUGGGGGCCUGAAGGGGGGUGAGGGGGCACACACGGGGCUCAGGAUGACCCUCCGAUGGGGGGUGGACGAUUUGCACUUUGGCUUUCUCUGUUUCGGUUUCUCAUUAAAAUCCCUUUCCUUCCUCA